AACUUGAAUUCAGAUCUGAAUUACAAUUNCUCAUCGACACGGCAUCGAUGAGACAAUACGAUAGAGUCUAUUGCGGCGCCUCCUGUCCUCCCGAACACGAGAAUUAUAUGAAAAAUCUGAUUAAAGUCGGAGGCAUUCUUAUUAUGCCAUUGAAUGAACAUUUGCUUCAAAUACGGCGGACAUCAGACACCUCUUGGAUUGUCAAAUCUGUACUUCCGGUCUCUUUCGCCCCUUUGGUUACGCCCACACAUAACAGCGCCUUUAAAUCAGUUAAAUUACCUGAUUUGGAACCGCUUUCCCUCAAAGAAAUGUGUCGUUCGGUUAUAAGAACUCAUUUACGUAAGAAAGCGGAAGCAGAGCAGCCAUCCAUCACUUUGAAGAAUGUCUGCAAAAACAGAAAAAUGUCUAAAAAGAUUAGAAACAGUGAAAGAGGAAGACGUCCGCCGCGAAGAACUAAUCGUCGAGUAAUUAUUCCCAUCUUUGAAGAGAAUGAUGCGAUGAGUGACGACACCAAUAGUACAUCAAACCAAAGACACACUAAUGGCGACAACUCUAAUGACUCGUUCUCGAGCCACGAUGAAGAGGAUCCCAACCCAUCCUCUCAGCCAUUGAAUGGUAACACUUCUGGAGCUCGAGCUUCGAAUUCUUCGACAUCGUCUCCGAUAUACCCGUUAAACCGUAUCCGUCGUGCGACUGGACUUAUAUUCAAGCGCAUAGCACUCGCCGACUUUGACUCGGAUUCUUCAACGAGUAGUUGUGAUCACGAAAUGGUGAGUACAGUCUCUAGCGAUGAGACCAGAGCUGAUGAACGCGAAGAGGAGAAGAAGAAAGUGGUGGAAGAGGACAAAGAGAGCUAUUCAUAUUUGAUGCGUCAAAGCGUUAAUCGAUUGCCACUUCCGUUGGUUUUGAAAUCAUAUUUGAAUUUUCAUCGAAAACUAUAAGUGCUUCGCUUUUCGAUCACUUUUUAUUGGAAAUAAUAUAUUAUAAAGUAUUACACAAUUACUGCUUAUUAAUUGACUUUCUUUUCACUUUGAAAGUUUCUCAAUUAUUGUUUUGAUUUAUUGGUUGUAAAAAAUAUAUCAAAUAUAUCUGAUUUAAUAAAUGUACAGAAAAAGCGUUUUAUUCAUUUUAUGUAUCCUUUAAUAAUGUAUUAAAUAAACAAUGUUUUAAAAAUAUGUCAUAAAAUAUA